UUUGGAGAGGGAAAAAGAGUUGCCUUCCCUCCACUAAGUUUUCUUAAUCUGUGGUCGGUCCCAUCCCAUCCCAUCUGGGCUCUCUUUUCUUUACCCCCAACAGCAUUAUUGUACCCUUUUUUUUAUUCUCUUCUCAUUUCUUUCUUCUUUUUCUUCUCCAUUCUCACCGGAACCUAUUUCUUAUUCUCUGGCAAACAUGGCGGAAUCCGGCUGGUGCUGCAAGUGCUGCUUCAAGUUCAUCAUAACAGCCGGCUUUUCAGCUCUGUUUUUAUGGUUAAGCCUUCGAACCCGCAAACCCAAAUGCUCAAUCGAAUUUUUCUACAUUCCAGCCUUAAAUCAAUCCCUAAAUUCUUCCUCGAAUUCCUCCCUCAUCUUCGAUCUGCGUCUCAAAAACCAGAACAAAGAAAAAUCCGUCUACUAUGACACUAUCUAUCUCAACCUCACGCUCCUCGACGAAACUCGCCGCCUGGUGGGUAACUUGACGGUACCUGGUUUCCAUCAAGGCCGCGACAAGAAGGCGUUGAGGAAGGAGUCCUUCGAGGCCCGUGGAGUUGAUUGGAAGGCGGUUUCCCGUAAUGGGUCAACGGUUAUCCGGCUGGAUUUGGCGACGGCGGUCAGGUACAAGAUCUUGCUGUGGAAGACCAAGAGGGAGAAUUUGAGACUCGGAACAGAGGUCAAAGUCAACGAACAGGGAGUCAAGGACAACCCACAUGGAAUCACGCUCAACUCUGGCGCCGCCGUGCCCGUCGGCUCGCUGGUGAGGGUUAUUUGGAGCUUUUGGGUGUUUGUUUUGUGGAUAAUUUUUUGAAAUUAAACCUCAACUGUGUUUCUUGUUGUGGGUUUGUUUGAUUUAGUCGAAUUUUUGGGCGGCGUUUUUAGUCGGAAGUGUUCUCCACCGCCCACUCACGGCUGACGUUAGAUGGUACAUAAAUUAAUUUUUGGUUGAAUAAAAUAUUUAUGUGUUCCAUUUUGGAAAGUUUUAUUUUA